AAAUCAGUUCACACCUAUUAGUAGCAGACUAGCAGCGAACAGACAGUGCAGCCACCGUACAGUCAACCACCUCUUCGUUCUCUCCCACCUCUCUCCACCUCGCCUCCCCUCCCGUGUCCCGAUUCCCAUCUUCUCCGAGCUCCCUCCCUCCUCACGUCUUAUAAAUAAGGCGCCCGCGGCGCCCAUCACACCGCCUCCCGAUCGCGCGAAUUAUUCCGCGCGCCGCGAAACCCUAGCCGCCGAUCUCUCUCAUGGCGGCCACCACCAGCCAGGCGAGCCUCCUCCUCCAGAAACAGCUCAAAGAUCUCGCGAAGCACCCGGUGGAUGGGUUCUCGGCUGGGCUGGUCGACGACAGCAACAUGUUCGAGUGGCAGGUCACCAUCAUCGGUCCACCCGACACCCUAUAUGAUGGAGGCUACUUUAAUGCAAUAAUGAGUUUCCCGCAAAAUUAUCCAAACAGUCCACCAUCAGUCAGAUUUACUUCUGAAAUGUGGCAUCCAAAUGUUUAUCCGGAUGGGCGGGUGUGCAUUUCUAUUCUUCAUCCACCGGGUGAAGAUCCCAAUGGCUAUGAGCUUGCGAGUGAGCGUUGGACACCAGUGCACACGGUUGAGAGUAUAGUUCUGAGCAUUAUCUCGAUGCUUUCUAGUCCAAAUGAUGAAUCGCCAGCAAAUAUUGAGGCAGCUGUAAGUUCACCUGAUAUUUACUAUAAGAAUUAGCAUUAUGCAGUUGACAUUUCAUGCAUAUUGCAUCUAGAUAUUCACCU